AUGCAGCGGCAAUCACUCACCUUGGAAGUGCGGCCGUCGCCGUAUUCCUCAGCUAACAGAGGAGGCGACCGGCCGCGCCCUAUUGUAGGGGUUAUUGCGGUGUCGUGCACAGCUGAGCGUGGUAUCGAUCGGCCACGGCCGAUCACGCGUGCCAUUGGCAGUUUGCCUGUGCUGUCACCGUGCACAAACGUGGAGAUCAAACCGGUGUUGGUUGCUCAGCCCGCAAGCAAGCCGACUGUCUCAAGGCCUCGCGUGCGGAUUGCAUCUGCAGCCCCAUGUAUGACUCCAGCUCGCGCGGGUAGCAUGGCAGAGCGGGAGGCUGCGCAGCGGCAGGAACUGGCGGUGUCUUUGGUCCACAUGGCUGAAGUUGUGCGGGAUGACAGCUCGGUCUUGCAGUCUUUGGAAGGUUUUGAUGCGAAUGGGUUGGCGUUCCUGUUUAAGGACCGUGCCCCCAGCACGCUGAAGAAGCACCUGAGCGGCUGGCGGCGCUGGCUUAUUUUCUGCCGAGCUUCUGGCGUGCAGGCAGGUCGCCCUUCGUGCCCUGAUGUCCUUGAUUUCUUGGAGGCGCUGGCCGAGGGUGCUAGCAGCGAUCGUGGCGCCCGAAGAUCGGGAGCGGCGCGCGGUGUGAUUUACGCCCUGCGCUUCAUCGCGCACAAGCUGCUUCUUGAAGCACUGGAUGGGAUUCUCCGCGGGCCAGUUGUGAUAUCUUGGUUAUCUGCGCAGAAGUGGCAGCGUCGCGCACCUUCAGAGGCCCUGCCCCUCCCCUUGUUUGCCGUAUGUGAACUCGAGCAGGCUGCACUGAUAGGCGAGGAGGCUGCAGAUCGGUUUCUUGUUGGCUGCUUCCUUGUCAUGCUGUGGGCUGGGUUACGUUUUUCAGACGCACAGCGCAUUGACCUAUCUUCGAUUCUGCGUGCGGGUGGCUCCCUACGGGGGUGGUGCUGGAGGAGUAAAACCUGCCCGACUGGAUUUGCCUGGGGCUGCCAGUUGGCGGGUGCCACUGGCAAUGACUGGGCACAACAGCUCGGCGAGGCACUGCUGGACGUUCACACGGAGUCCCCUGAUCGCGACUUCCUGCUGGGCUAUGAGAAAGGGCCAAUGCCCUACUCUACUGCACUUGCGCAUUUCCGGCGCUGUCUUGUUAAGUAUACAUCCUUGACUGUUGAGGACGCACGCAAAUUCACGCUCCACAGCCUGAAAACUACACUGCUGACCUGGGGCCUGCAGCUGCAAGUGGGAGUUGAGGAGCGGGCAGCCCAAGGACACCAUCGCUUGCGCAAUUCCUCUGGGUGCGUGGAAAAGUACCGCAGAGAUGAUGUCCUACCUGCACUUCGCUGCCAGCGGUCGGUGAUUAAGGCCGUGCGUGCAGGCUGGGUGCCGUGCACAGCGUUGGCCCGUGGGAUAGUGGCCGUGCCAGAAAAGGAUCCGGGCGCCUUGCUGGUGCAGCGGUGUGAGCCGGGAGAGAUGGAGUCUGACACAGAGACAGAAGAUGAAGAUGACGGCUCCGAUGCGUCGAGCAUGCUGGCCGCGGACUGUGAUGAACUGGAUACAGAUAGUGUGCAAAGCGAUGCUCUUUCCGCUGCCUCAGAUGCCGAGAAUGAAGUGCUGCUUGAGGCGGGCCCUUGGAUUUUGAACCUAGUAAGUGGCUGGUAUCAUCGCGCGGUGCGUCGCGAGCCCUCCACGCGUGCAGCAGCAUCUGAGGAAGCGCAGUACGGCAAGGCGUGUCGACCGGGCGGUGAGCUUGGGGAUCGCUACGAAGUCCGCACAAAGGAUCCAGGCAUGGAGGGCUUUAGCCCGUGCCAUCACAGCGCAUGCUUCGGGUGUGUGUGA